GCGCCGCCGCGGCCCCACUCGGAGGUGGGGGAGUCGCGAGCCAGACAAAGAGCGAGCGCGGGGCGGGGAGCCGGGCGCUGCAGCUGCCGGCCGGGGCUUGUCUCGCUGCUGCCGGCGCCUCGGGCCGCCGGGGGCAGGCGCGAGCAGGAAGCAAAGCGAAAGGAGCGGGGCAGGCUGCGUGCCGGGCGCUCCGGGCGCCCCCUGUCCGGCCCGGCCCGACCCGACCCGCGCUCGCCAUGGCCAUCGCCCACAUCGCCACCGAGUACGUCUUCUCCGACUUCCUGCUGAAGGAGCCCUCCGAGCCCAAGUACAAAGGGCUGCGGCUGGAGCUGGCGCUGGACAAGCUGGUCACCUGCAUCGCCGUGGGGCUGCCCCUGUUGCUCAUCUCGCUGGCCUUCGCGCAGGAGAUCUCCAUAGGUACCCAGAUAAGCUGUUUUUCUCCCAGCUCAUUCUCCUGGCGCCAGGCUGCGUAUGUGGACUCCUACUGCUGGGCAGCUGUGCAGCAAAAGCAGUUAUUACAGAGCGAUUCAGGACACAUUCCACUGUGGCUUCAUAAAUUUUUCCCAUAUAUCCUGCUACUAGUUGCUAUCCUGUUGUAUCUACCAUGCUUGUUCUGGCGCUUCACUGCAGCACCCCAUCUUUGCUCAGAUCUGAAAUUUAUUAUGGAAGAACUUGACAAGGCCUACAACAGGGCAAUCAAAGCAGCUAAUAGCUUUCACAGUGGAGACACUAGAGACCCCAGUAGCCUGCCUCCAGCUGUUAAUGAAAACUUGACACAAAGUUUGUGGGAGAUAUCUGAAAGCCACUUUAAAUACCCCAUUGUGGAACAAUACCUGAAGACAAAAAGAAACUCCAAAAACUUAAUAAUCAAAUAUGUUAUUUGCCGUUUACUAACAUUAGCAAUUAUCCUGUUUGCAUGCCUCUAUCUGGGCUAUUAUAUCAAUCUCUCCUCUAUGACUGAUGAGUUUUUGUGCACCAUCAAAACUGGAAUCUUAAAGAAUGACACAACAGUUCCAGAACUAGUUCAAUGUAAGCUUAUUGCUGUUGGCGUCUUCCAGCUACUCAGUUACAUUAACUUAUUUGUGUAUCUUUUGGUGAUGCCUCUUGUAAUGUAUGCCAUGCUCAUCCCAUGCAGGCGAAGCUCAGACAUUCUUAGAGUAUAUGAAAUUCUGCCAACAUUUGAUGUUCUGAAACUCAAGUCAAAUUAUGAUGAUUUAAGCCUCUACCUCCUCUUCCUUGAGGAAAACGUAAGUGAGCUUAAAUCAUACAAGUGCCUCAAAGUGCUGGAGAAUAUUGCAGGCCCUGGGAAGUGUGAGAUAAUCCAUCUGUUGCCAAACCUUGGUACGAUUAAGACGACAGAUACGGUAGAUGGGAAGCCAGCAACUGUGAAAGAGAAGCCUGACGAGAAAAUUACAGAAGAACCAGAAAGGACUACAACAGAACUACAAGUUUUAACAGAUCUGCUCCCAAGUUGCAAUACAAGCGCAAGCAACGAGGAUAAGGUUCGUCAAAGACUUAUAGAUUCUUCAUGCUGAUUGCUCCUGCACGCUCCUCUUUUGACGGUUGUAGCACAGGACCACUGCCCUCUAUCCCCACCUCCAAUACAAGCCGCACUGAACACAGGACACUGCCUUUCUCAAUGAAUGGACUGGGUUUGGGGUCCUACCAGUUCACCAGAGAGGAUAAACCAGUUUGCAGACUGUUUACAUACAGUCCAGUUAACCUCGUAUCACAAAAGGCACCAUCUAGAGUUUGAAUAUUUAUAAAACCACUUUACUACGAAUUAUGGAAAAGGGAAAUCCAUCAGGUAAUUAGCAUGCAGAAUGGAUUACCAGAAGCAGCAGUUGAAGCUGAGACCAUUUAAACAAUAGGCGUGUGCUUACAGCGAUGAAACACUGAAUUGCAUAGACACUAGAAACAGAGAUGGCCAGAUUCCAUCCUGAGAUGGCAUGGUAUUGAGGUGUGUGUAACAGAGUACUGGAAAUGCCAAACUUUGUUACUUGCCACCUAGUGUCCAAUUCUGCAGUUCUUACUUCAUCUAUAAAAAGAACAGGAGUACUUGUGGCACCUUAGAGACUAACAAAUUUAUUAGAGCAUAAGCUUUCAUGGGCUACAGCCCACUUCUUCGGAAGCAUAUAGAAUGGAACAUAUAUUGAGGAGAUAUAUACAUACACACACACAUACAGAGAGCAUGAACAGGUAGGAGUUGUCUUACCAACUCUGUUAAGGUAAAAUAUCCCAUGCAUUGCAGUGGGUAUCAAAGGAGAUGACCGUGUUAGAUCUGGGUUUAGAACUAAAGUGUUCUUGGCUCCCUAGCCUGUAAAGUUAAUGGGACUUUUGUUUGAGUUUGGACUGCAAGAUUUCAAUCCUUAAUUCUAUUUCUUAGCUGAUUUGGUUUUAAUUCCACAGCCCUCUGAAUAAUGGAGUCUAAAGUUUAGGGGCUGAGCAACAGUGAUAACCCCUACCACAAGGGUUUGUCUUGUCUAUGCUGAUGUAAAGAACUGUAUUUUAUAUCCAUUGUGUUUAAAAUAGACACUUUUUAACAUUUAUUGGGUAUCAAAUACAGUAUAGAACGCACAUUUUCCACAACAUGCCUUAUAAGAAAAGCAUGCAUGACAUUCUCAGUUGUAUUACAGUAGCAACUACAGGCCUCAAGUCAGGGCCCCACUGGGCUAGACAGGAUAUAGAAGAAGACAGUCUCUGCCUCAGAGUUUGCAAUCUUAGUUAAAGAUCAGAUACAACGGGUAAUUGAAAGAAGCCGAACAGAAGAGGACCAUGAUGUGGUGAUAGAAAUAUGGACAUGUUUUGUGGCAAAAUCACUGAUCCACUGAGGCAUUUUGUAAUUCAGAAAGUUACUGCCAUAAUUCGUUCAUGUGGGUUUUUUUAAUUGCCGUGGGGGGGGGGUUCAUUCAAUUUUGUAACAAUGUUCCAAAUGGGGGUUCAUGUCAGCAUCAUGGCAUUUCUUUUAAAUGGCAAAUUAAGCCUAAUUACCAUGGAACUCUUGAAUAUACAGUAGAACCUCAGAGUUAUGAACACCUAGGGAAUGGAGGUUGUUCAUAACUCUGAACAAUACAUUACUGUUCUUUCAAAAGUUUACAACUGAACAUUGACUUAAUACAACUUUGAAA